GCUGAAGAUCAAUACCGGAAAUAAGUAAAUUAUCGAAGGACCAAGAAAUGAUAAGAAAUCAUUUGCGGAAUGUCGAUGUCCUCUUCGGGAGGAGUAGGACUAACCGCAUCUGUUCACUUGUCAACGCAAGUUUGAAGAUGGUGACCCUGUUCGUGUUCUGUGGGAGCAUCCUCCUCGCGCCCCCGUCAUUUCACUCUACUUGCGGCCCUCCGUUGUCACUUGCACAAGUGAAGAACGACGAGGACCACGGGACAAGCAAAGGCCGAGCGUGCGCCGCAGACACCUUCUCCACUAAUUUCAAUUUUCUCCUGCCGGUCUCUGCGGCGUCGAUGUUGAAUUCCAGUACAGCCGCCGACGGAAUGACGACACAGACCACUGGUGGGGGACGAAGAUCCCCUCUCUCUCCACCUCGCUCGCCCGUGCCGUUUCUGGAUCUGGGCGCGGGAAGUGACAGUAUUGCUCCUACCGACUUCUUGCCAAACGUGAUCAGCGAUAGUGCCUCCAGCGGUUGGCGGCCGGAGCAAGAACGCGAAGCGACUUCGAGCACUUAUUUUUCUGACGAACAGCACCCUCACCCAGCAGUCUUUCUCGGGCUGCAGGAGGGAGUCGCAGGCACCAGCCUGCCAAAGGGCACACUAGCAACAUCAUCACAGCAUGAGAUUGAGAACACAUCAAGAGCACGGAGGUCAGGCGCCCUGACCCCCCACAACCAGUACACUCUUAUCGACGUGCAGCACCGGUGGCCAGCGGAGCCACGUCUUCUGUACAGAAAUACGGCACCAGACGAGCAGCAUCGGGACAUUGCGAAAAAUCUCGAUGACGACAAAAUGAUGUCGCAGGCGUAUUUCAGUGGUGGACCAACAACGACUAGAACUACUCAAGCCCAGUGUUCCGCAGCAGGAGCUGGGACGCAAGGCGGAGAUCAGGAGCCGGAACCACCCAUGAUGGGGGAUCUGGACGACGGCUUCAGGUUGAGGACGAGCGCAAGUUUACUCAACCACGAGAGGCAUGAGCCACGAGAAUAUCAUCGAUUUGUUCGGGGGCGAUCUGGUGCAUCGAAAUCUGCAUCCUCUUCCUCGUCUGGGUCUGAAAAUGGAACAAGAAGGCUGUCUGCUGUAGAACCGACACGCAAGCGCAAGCGGCAGCACGAACGUGAUUCGUAUUCCCAACAUCAAGCAGAAGCAGACCAGGAUUUCUCACAAGUAGAGCAGAGCUGCUCUCCCAAAUUGCUGCGCCUGUCCCGCCCAGCGUUUCCUUCACCAUAUGUUCAUCAACUACAGUUGCAACCUCCUACUAGUUCUUCAACUGCCGCCCCAAGUCAUCUCCCGACUGGUGCGGAGAUGUUUCAUCAGCGACCUCCUUCUCAAACUGGGAUUCCGCUCCUAGGGCUCGUGACGACGCACCAGCAAAGAAGCCAGUCGGCCAGGACGUCAACCCCCGGGCAAGUCGAUCCGCGAGGACCUCGACCUACGACGCCACCCCACGACUCAGAGCCGCAGUGUGCUAGACCGAGCGGCGGACUCGACGACGUGAGUCAUAGCGGGACGAAUCGACACCACCGCGGGGAUAUUGGUAGUAGCUCCAGCAUUCUGGCGCAAGCGCGAGAGCGACUCCUAUGCAAGAAGGGUGAUGAUGAUGACGAUGAUGUUGAUACGUCAAGCCAUGGAACGCUGAGUAGCUCCAUCUCGGAGCCGGUCGGGAUGGGGAUGCGGCGCAACAAAAAAUUCUCGGAUCUGUGCGGGGCGUUUCGCGACGAGCGCCAGGUAGCGGAGCUCGAUUCACAACUGCAGUUCUUGGGACUCGGAGGCCGCGACAGGAGCAGAAGCCGCGGGAGAUGGAUGUCUGGAUCUACC